AGCGCAAUGUGACGCACGCAAGCUGCAAGCCGUGAUCCUCCUGCGAGAGAGCCGCAUAUCCCGCGCCUUCCCUCUCCGGCCUCAUCCACUUGCUCUCUAGCGGGCGGCAGGGUAGCGGGGCAACCCGGGACGCGAGCAGAAAUUUGAGCUUGCCGGCUCGCCGUCGUUCGUGGGCGGCCAUCUUGUGUGCGGUUGUGGUACCACCAGCAGGAGCAGCAGCAAGCAGCGGCGGCGGCAGUAGGAGCUGAUCGCCGGCUCCAGGCCUUUCUCCUCGGGUGGGUUGCUGCCGCGGUUGUGUGGAAGCCAUGUCUGCGGAGAGCCCGGAGCCCGCUUCGGCGGAGGAGCAGAAGGAAAUGGAAGACAAGGUGAUUAGUCCUGAGAAAGCUGAAGAAGCAAAGUUGAAGGCCAGAUAUCCUCAUCUGGGACAAAAGCCUGGGGGCUCAGAUUUCUUGAGAAAGCGGCUCCAGAAAGGACAAAAGUACUUCGAUUCUGGGGAUUACAAUAUGGCUAAAGCAAAGAUGAAGAAUAAGCAGCUCCCUACUGCAGCUCCUGAUAAGACCGAAGUUACAGGUGACCACAUUCCCACUCCACAGGACCUUCCACAGCGGAAACCCUCUCUUGUUGCUAGCAAGCUGGCUGGCUGACUAGAUGGCAGAACUGCAUGAAUCUUCUCAUUCCCUUAAUAUUUCCUUAAUAGUUACUUCUCACAUUUUUCGUUUCCACUAAGUCAUUGACUGACCGCUUUGCAGGUAGUGGUAGCUUGUGCUGCUAUUGUAAGAGAGUCCUGUUAAGAAUUAAGUUGUGUAGUCCAUGGAAGAAUUGAGAACAAUGCACUGAUUUUAAAAAAGGACAUGUUUUGUUAGAGCAAUGUAAAGAAAUCUACUUGAAAAAAUGUACAUAUUACCUAUUUGCUAGUGUAGGGCUGGUUCCAGCAAGUGACAUAGCAGGUUUGACAAUUUUUUAUGUUUCUGCUUUCUUUAGUUCACCUUAGUUACAGCAUAGUAUGUUUCUAUUGAAUACAACCACCUGUUGUGUUUCUUGUGUUUGGUUUUGUAAACUAGAGGUUUUAGACCGCAAGUUGCUAGAUGGUAAAGCAUGUAUUUAAAAAAAAAGAAAAAAAGAUGGGGCUCUGACUUAAUUUGUGUAUCUGCUCUUGAACUUGAAUGGCCUUAAACCUACUUCAGCUUUAACAAUAGAUUUUUUACUUGGGCAAUAUUUGCUCAUUUUGGUGUAAUUCUUGUAAAACUCGUGCUUAUUGACAACUGCCUGUUGAAGCUGGUAUUCCUUUUGGUCCUGUAGCGUAGAACACAUUUUUGAAGUGAAUGAAGUGUGCAUGUGCAUAGACUGAAUUCACUUUUGUGCCAUUUCUGUAAAUAAGAUGGUUUUGCACAACUUUUGCAAAUAUCUGUUAACUUUACAUUUUAAAAAAUGUGCCAACUGGAAGCACAAAUAAUUCUGUACCUUUGAAAGUCAUAAUCCUCAUUUGAGUCAAACUAUGUUACUGAAAAUAACAGACUUCUGCGUUUAAAAUCUGGAAAUCACUUAAAGAACUAUGAUAGAAAGGCUUUGCUAGUAUAUCCUUUUUCUGUGUCGACAAUAACCUACAGUGAUUAGUCUAAAUAUAUACUAUAGAUACAAAACACUUUAGCUAGUAUACCUAAGGCAAAGUACUUCAAGGGGGCUAAGAUAGUUUAAAGGCAAGUAUAUCACAUUAAGCAACUUGUAGAUAACUAGGGUAUUCCAAAUCUACUCCAACAUCUGCAUCUUUUAAAAUCUAUGCAGGAUAUUUUGGAAUGUGAAAAUAUGGAUACAUUUUGAUGCUAUUAGAGGUCUCUGACACAUAAAAUAACAUCUAAUUCAGUAGUUGUUAAGUAAUCCAUACAUUUGGAUUGGGAAGUGUUAGUUAAUUUUUUUUACAUAUAUUGUAGUGAUUCAUGAUAAACAUUCUAAGUCUUUAUUUGUCAGAAUAUGUUAUUAAUACUACAGCAGGAGUGGUUCAGUGAGUUGACCUAUUUGUCUUGGAUAUUGGAUAGAAAUGACAGUGAAAACUUGUUAAUAUCUACGGUGGUAUUUUUGUUUGUGCUAAAGGAAUUUCAUAUUCUUUUUGCCUGACACCUUCACUGUAAAAGAAACAAGACUCUGCUGGCUUCUUCCAAGAGGAUUCUUUGGGCGAGGGGAACAGUUGUCAAAAGAGCUUACCUUUUUGUUUUGUUUUGCAACCCCCCCCCUUAAAAAGGAAAUCUGAGACAAUACAGCUAAUAAUAUAAACAUGUUAGUUCCGACCUAUAAUACUAAUCAAGAGACAUGGUUUCAAAGGUACUGAUUUUUACUCCCAUUGUCUUCAUCUCUCAAUUUUUUUUAAAAAAAAUCUUAUCCUUGUUUCUGUAUCAAAAUUGGGUAUAUUAAAAUAUUUGGGUGAUAGGUUUAUAUAUAUACUGGAAAUUAGGGCUGUUUUUUCAUUAUCUGUUCUGUCUUAAAUGAGGAAAAUACAUGCAAAGUCUCUAGCAUAUCAGUUUUUGUCUAUGGGUAGUAAUUCAGCAAGUAAUUCAGUAAUUCGUUGUACAGUAUCUAAUUUUGAUUUCAUCUCCCUGUAACAUGAAUAUAUUCACAGAAACAGACUUAAUAGCAAAGUUAAUACCUUGUUAUUAGUGAAGUGAAGUUGAGGAGAACAGCCCUCUGUUUAAUGCAAGAGGAACAAGGUAACAUUAAGUGGCUUUUUAUUGAAGGCUGCUAAUGUACAUUCACAAUUUAUUUUUGUAGAAAUAAGUAAAAGCUAGGCUUUCUGAAAAGUGACUGGCCUAAAAGUAGUAGUUCUGAACAGCAAAUGACUUUGAAUAUUUCCUAGUUGCUACUACACCACAAAUCAUAGUUAGAUGAGCUGGUUUGACAUAUAGGGAGGUAUAAAUAGCCAUGUAAAUCUAAACAUUCCAUUUCCCCAGUUACAGUUGGCUAUUUUAUAUUAUUGUUGUGACUGUGCAAAUUUUCCAUGUCCACCAAACAAUUAAAAUGUUAAAGACUGUAAAGAGAACAUAAGCUGGUGAUCCAUAAGAAUAUAUACUACAGUACCAACCAGUUCAGUCUGAUGUUGGACCCGUGUCUCCGGAUAGACCUCAACUGAAGAUAGUUUGAUCAUCUAUGCUGUGAAGGAGACAAGGAGCUAGAUCAACAAUCAUUUUAUAGAAGAGCAAGUGGAUUACUAACUUUCAACUUUAAGCUUACUCCAACAAGAUAAAGCUGUAAAACUUGUGUACAUACUGUAUAAUAUGAGUUUUACCGUUUGAUAAAAUGACCUUUUUCAGAGAUCUAUCUGCACUAUAGUCUAGCAAUCGAUCAGCUUUAUGCAGUGAUUAGUAGUGCUUGAGUAUGUCUAUAAUGAAGACAGUAUGUUGUAACCCCCAAACUCUUCCCAGUAGUUAACUAGUGGAAUAAUCAAGUGAUUCAGAAGUGUUCUUCCCCUCACUCCCAUCCCAUCCAUUCAUUAUUCAUUGUCAUAGGAGAGUGCGUGUGUGCAGAGGCCACAAAAGAACUGUUUGGUUUGAUAUAUUCCUUAAUGCAUUUUUGAUGCUGAAGUGGUGAAAAUUUCAGUUGCUCCUUACCAACAUCCACCUUGUAUAGUAUGCAUAAUAAAUUCAUCUAAUUAGUUUUCAUCGCUCUGUAGAAGUUUGUCUGGUCUCUUACUGUGUUUACUUCCACAACUCAUUUAAUCUUUUAGCUUAAAAAGUCCCAAAAGAACUUGCUUUGCACUUCUAUGACUAGGCCUGUUUUUGUAGUGUAUGUUCAACUACAAAAAUAUAACAUACUUUAUUGUAACUACCUUUAUAUACAGCAGUACCUAUUUUUCUAAUAACAGUAUUAAAGCUUAUUGUUUGACUUUAAUUCCAUAACAGGCUUGUUUCUAUGCAUAUGAUAUGUAAGUGUUGUUUGUGGUAAUUAACCUGAACUUUAACUGAACAGUAAUAACCUUCAGAUGGGAUUAUUAUUAUAGGGUCUAAAGCAAGAGUUGGAGAAGCCCUUUAAUGCCCUAGUCAAUCUGGUGCUUUCUAAUACAAAGACCAAGGUGCCCAACAACCUCUAGCUGGACGUUUAUUGAUCACCAAGACUUACUUAGAAUGCAAAUAUCUGCAAACUGCAGCUUCAGCUCACAAUCGAAGAAAAUAAUCUAACCUGCAUUCAUUCAGUCAAUCUGUCCUGUCUUGUCUACUUUGACUGGUAGUGACUGUUAUAUUUUUACUGGGCACAAUGGCGUUUGAACCUGGAACUUGCAUUCAAAGCAUGAAAGCAACUGCACAUUUUCUCUGCCAUGCUGAAUGCAUUUCAUUUCCUGUGCCUUGCGGUCUAUCAGUUGUUUACAAUGGAACUUAGGUUUGUAAAGCCGUUUGAGUAAUGGCCAGCUGGGCUGCCCAAUGAUUGCCUAUUUCUUUUAAUAAAUACAUAUACAAAUUGUAUUGGUCAAUCAAAUACAGGUUAUAGCCAUGAAUAGUAGAUCUAGCAUUAUGAAGAAAUAUGGCAGCCAGCCCUUACCUUAUGCCACAAUGCCUCUAUUCUACAUCCACUGUUGGGAAUCAGUAUGCCUCUGAAUACCAGUUGCUGAGAAUCACAAGGAGAGUACUGUUGCACUUGGGGUCCUGCUCACAGGCAUCUGGUUGGCCAAAGAGAACAGAACGCUGGUCUUGAUGGGCUUUUGGUCUGAUGCAGCAGGGUUAUUAUGUUCUAAAUUGGGUCAAUGCCACCCUCCCCAACAGAGGCUAUUGAAGAGGCUGAGACACCUG